AUGACAAGAAGGAUUAAGAAGGGAGAGGAUGGUAAUAUUAGAUAUGCCACCCUUGGUUGUGCCCAUGGUGGGAAUGCCCGUAAUAGGACGUUGAAUGUUUCCAGACCGCGACCAACAGGAAAGAUAGAAUGUAAGGCAAAGAUUAAUGCCUUAAAAGUUGACAAAAAGUUUAGGUUGACAACAAUUAAUAAUAUCCAUAACCACGACCUUAGUCCAACUAAAUCUCGUUUCUUCCGAUGUAAUAGAGAAGUUAGUGACUCCGUAAAAAGAGUCCUAAAUACAAACGAUUUGGUUGACAUUCGGAUGAAUAAGAGCUUCGGAUCUCUUGUCGUUGGUGCGGGUGGAUUCGAGAACCUUCCAUUUUUAGAAAAUGAUUGUCGAAAUUAUAUCAACAAGGAAAGACAUCUGCGACUUGGGAAAGGUGGUGCUGAAGCGCUUCGAGAGAAAGUUCAACAGCAAAUUACCGGCAUUAUUGAUAUGGAUCCAAAGUUACUUAAGAAUGAUGGUGCAGUAAAGACCUAUCGCAUAGAUGAUGAAGUUUGUGUGGAAGAAUUCACUAAGCCGGUUAUACACUAUGUAGACUUUAGUGAGGAAGAUACAAUUGCAAAGUCUUCAUGUGGGUUAUUUCAGAUGAUGGGGAUAUUGUGUAGGCACAUUUUGGCAGUAUUCAAAUGUAACGAGGUAAAAUUUGUGCCAAAUAGAUACAUUUUAGAGCGAUGGAGGAAGGAUAUCAGAAGGAGAUACAUGUUAAUCCACAGCAGUUUUGACGCUGGGGAUCAGCGGGUAGAUGCUAACCGAUAUUCAAGUUUAUUGAAUAUCUAUUAUAAGAUGAUUACUCUUGCAGCAAGUUCGAAAAAGCAUACUAAGGAUGCAACAUAUAAGUUAUUUGCAAUGAUUGACUUAUAUGGUGACAAUCAAGAUCCCCUAUCGAUGACGGUCACGGAUUCCAAUGUUGGUUGUAUGGCAAAUGACACAAUUAUAUGUGGUAGUUCAAAGAAAGUAUUCAGUCCACUAGCUGUGAAAGGGAAAGGCAGGCCCCCAUUGUUAAGGAGAGCAUCGGGGAUGGAGAAAUGCAUGCGAAACGUUAAAACGAAGACGAAGAGAGCACCAAUGAAGGGGAAGCGCAAACAUGUGGACUUUUUUUUACUUUACAUGUUUAUUUAUAAUUUAGUGACUGCCGGGAUUGACAAAUGUGUUUUGUUUUAUGUUAUUUGA